GCGGUGCGGGCCGGCUCUUAGCGACGGCAGCGCUGUAGCGUGCGGCGUUGCUGGGACGGCUCAGUCCUGUGCCGCGCAUGGCCGCGGCCCUCAUGCUGUUGCCGCGCGCCCGCGCCAUGGAGGAGCCCCCAGACCCUGGGAUCCCGCCAAGACUCGGCCCUGAGCGCGCCGGGCGGGCGGCGGGCGAGGGGAACGCUGCCGCUGCCGUGGAGCUGCCGUGGGGGCUGCGGCCGGUGCUGUGUGGAAAAGCCCUACGCGAGCGGCGCCGCGGGAGCAGCUGCCUCCCCCGCCCGCCCAGCGCCUGCCGCGGUGCCGGUGAGCUGGCCCCGCAGCUGGGUGGCCCCGCGUCCGCCGGGCGGCGGGAGGAAGAGCCCGGAGUUGAGCCUCUGCUACCCGCCGGCAGUCAGCGGCCGGUCGGUGAGGACGCGGCGCCGCUGCCCCCCGCUCAUCCCGGCGGCACCGGCCUCGAGUUGGGGCUGUUGACGCCGGAGCUGCACGCUCGCCUGCUGGACCAGGAGGACUACAGGAACCGUACGCAAGCUGUGGAGGAGCUGAAGAGGGUGGUUGAGGGUGCUGGCCAGGCCGCGGUGACUUCCAUGCCUGCCCCCAGCAUCCUGGGGUUCAUCAGCCUUCUCUGCACUCUCCUCGGCGACUUCAACUUCAAGGUGGUGCUCGGAGCAUUGGAGGUGAUCUAUCUGCUGGCUCUGCGCCUGGACAACCAGGUCAAGGCCUUCCUGAUACCUCUGUUCUCUGCUGCUACUAAAGUCCUAGGGGACAGCAAGCUGGCCAUCCGGCAGGGUUACAACCGCCUGCUCCGGUGGCUCAUGAAGGCAGCGGGUCCUCAGCAGGUGCUGGACUUGCUGCUGCAGCAGGAGUACCGGCAGCACAAGAACUCCAAAGUCCGUGAGGAGGUGGUCAACAUGUGCAUUGUGGCCCUCCUCACUUACCCUAGUGAGGAGCUGGACCUGGCCAAGCUGGCAUUUGAGCUCGCCCCAGCACUGGUAGACAACAAGCACAGGGUCAGGCAUGCUGCCAUGGAAGCCUUCGCUGUGCUGGCGUCUGCCAUGGGUCCAGGCAAAACUACACUUCUCUUCAAGGCAGUGGAUGCCGUGGAACUGGAGGACAAUGGGGAUGGGUUGAUGCAUGCGGUGCAGGCUAGGCUGGCCAGGAAGAUUUUGCCAAAGCUUGUUGACCAAGGGUUUGUAGAGUAUGCUGUGCCCUUGCCAUCGUCUUGUCAUAACAGAGGGUCCUGUUUACCCCCAGGAGCAGAUACAGACUGGCUCUUGAUGUGUGACAGGACUCAGAGCGCACACAGCUACUGCGGGUAUGAGGCAAGGGUUGAUGCUCUGCAGCACUCCAGUUCUCAUAGUGCGGGUGCCAAUCAAGUAGCAUGUUCAAGAAAAGUCUUGAGUGCAUAUAAAGGAAAAAACAAACUGCCUUGGGAAAAUGAGCAUGCUGAAGACAGGGAAGUUGGUUCAGGAGUCAAGAUGCCUGUCACAAAGGGUGUGGAGCAGUUCCCUACAUCCAGUGAUUUACUUCAUUUUCCAGAGUUAAGGCCCUCUCAAGGAGUACCAGUCAGUGAUGAGUUACAUUUUAGUAGAAAAAGAACUUCAGGGAAUUUCAUUCAGAAUAGCAUAGAUUUUAACUCGGAGCAUUCUUCUGUCUGUGCUGGUCCUGUGGGCUCUCAUCAGCUGCAAAUAUCAGGGAAAUGUGGAACACUUGGAUGCACACAGACACGUGGAAAGAGUGGUAGUGUAGAAUCUGAUCUACAAUUUUUAGGAUUAAGUAACUGUCAGCAAGACAAAGAUUGUGCCAGCCUAAAUUUUUCCAGCAAGACCCAGAGAAGUUUUUGCAAUCAAGCAGAGCAUACAAUGCCCUUCCAAGGUCCUAAUGCAAGCCAGGGCAUCUUCACUCUGCCACCUUGCCCUCUGUCAUCACCCAGGAACAGCCCAAAGCAUGUCUCCUGUCCAGCUGACUCUUCAAGGAAGUCACAAGGGGAGAAUGUGCAGGAGAAACAUGCUCCUCUGCAACUGAAACCCACCUUAGUGAGACAACCAGCAUCCUGCAGAGGCCUGAAUGGGACCAAACCCAUCCCUCCCAUUCCCCGCCUGCUGCCAGAUAAGAUUGAAUUAAAUGUGACAAAGUGGAGAAACGAAGAGUGCAAGGACAUGAGGCUGAAUAAAGCAGACGGGAAGCUUGCAGUUGAUCUUUCAGAGCUAAAUGUGGGUGGUGAGGAAGUGGACCAGGAAGAGAUGAAGAAUUCACUUAGAUCUCUACGAAACAGUGCAGCUAAGAAAAGGGCAGAGCUAAGCAGCAACAUUUCAGGUCUUGAAAGUCCUGAUUCUGCUCUUAAACUUGAUCUGUCUGUGGGCUCCCCCUCCCAUGCGUCCUGCCCAAGUGUGGACACCUACAGCGAAAGCGGCGUUUACAGCCAGGAGUCUUUGACUUCACCCAUGUCCACAGUCCCGCACAGAAGGAGAAUAAUGUCAGACAAUUUUCUACUACUUGGCAGAAAAUCACAGCCUGCAAGAGUAUCUUCUGCAAGAAACAGAGACCCUAAUGUGGCAGAACGUAACUCCAGCACAGCGUGGCUGGCAUUUGGUGAUAAUGUUAGCACAGUUGGCCAGCGUUUGAACUAUGGGAACGGAUGUGGAGACUAUGAGAACAACAAGCAAGGAGAAGUGUCACGUACUACUUUUCAAAGUCAAAAUAUGGAACACCAAAGAAAUUAUAAGCAUUCAAAAGGUCUGGUGGAGUCAGCAUCUAGUUUUCCACAGACAAACAAUCUAGAUUUCAUCUCACAAAGUGGCCCGUCUGAAGAUGCAGUUGUAAUUAUUGGUAAAGGUGUUUCUGGAAAUCCUCCUGCACGAGCAUACAGACAGUCUCUACCAUGUACAGUGAAUGGAGGUGACCAAGCUUUGAAUGAGAAGAGUGAGCUGUCAUCAGGGACCUGUGGCAGAAGCAUUCAGCAGAACAGAGCUUCUCAUUUCUACAUUGAAAAUGAAGAAGAGAAUAAAGUUACCUUGUCAAAAUCUGCCCAGGAUAAGAUGAAGCGGAAUAGAAAAAAAGAAAAAGAACACAAUCAUAAGGAACAUCAGGAAGUCAAAGACCUCGGAGGAAAGGAUGAAAAACCUUGGGAAAAACUUGAACUGAACGAACCAGAGAUAAUGACAGCAGAAAAGUUAAAUCUCUGUGGGGAUAUAUUAGCAUCACCAAGAAAUGUAUCCUCGUCAUUAGAAAAUGUGGCCUUGAAUCCUUCAUUAAAAAUAACAUCCAGCUUCAAGAAGACAAAAUGUCCAGCCUUGCUAGAAUCUGAUGAAAUUUCUCUUAAGGCACAAGGAUACUAUAAAGACCAGACACCAUCAGUCACAGAAGUAAUGGACACAUCAGAACUGUGGCCCUUUUCAAAACCAGAAAUGGCACUGACAGAAGCCUUGACACUUUUAGCUGAUGAUGAUUGGGAGAAAAAAAUGGAAGGUCUGAACUUCAUUAGACGUUUGUCUGCCUACCAUGCGACUAUUCUGACUGGAAAGCUACAUGAAACAAAUGUGGCUGUGGCUCAAGAGGUCAAGAAUUUACGCUCAGGUGUUUCUCGAGCUGCUGUGGUCUGUUUAGGGGAUUUGUUCACCUACCUGAAAAAGAGCAUGGAUCAAGAACUAGAUUAUACAGUAAAAAUCCUUUUGCACAAAGCUGGUGAAUCCAACACAUUUAUAAGGGAAGAGGUAGACAAAGCACUGAAGGCUAUGGUUAAUAAUGUGACUCCAGCACGUGCACUUUGUUCUCUUAUAGAUGGAGGGCAAAGCCACCUGAAUUCAGCUGUGAGAAGAUGCACAGCUCAGCACCUCUCAGACACUGUAGAACUUAUGGGCCUGGACCGGAUUCUGUCUGGAACCAAAGUUGUCGCUGAUCGGCUUUUCCCUGCAAUAGUCAGGUUUACACAGGAUAGUUCACAACAAACAAGGUAUUAUGGUCGAAAGAUGCUCUUCGGUAUGAUGACUCAUCCUGAUUUUGAUAAAACAAUUGAGAAGUAUGUGUCGACCAAGGAUUUGCCUUACAUUAGGGAAUCUGUUAUCAACCUACGUGAAAAGGGUUUGGGUGGGCUGCCAUUAGAUACACCCUCAGCAAAAGGAAGACAUUCCCAUACUGGUAGCAGUGGACGUUUGAGAGAUGCUAUCAACAUCCCUGACAGAGAGACUUCAGAAGCCUAUGAAGUCAUAAGAAAAACAGCUCCUCGUAAUUUACUAGAAAAUGAAGAGUAUGUCAAAGACAUUGUAAGUUUAUUGAACGCAAAGGACUUCCGUGAUCGAAUACGUGGCAUUAAGCAGCUGUUAUUUGAUGCAGAGAACAAUCAAGGCUUUGUUGUUGCAAACAUUGUGAAGAUUUUUGAUGCUUUCAAGUGUCGCUUAAAUGACUUAAAUAGUAAAGUAAAUCGGAUUGCUUUGGAGACGAUGCACCAGAUGAUUCCAUUGCUGAAAGACAAUUUAUCACCUGUGAUCAACAUGUUAAUUCCCGCCAUGGUCGACAACAACCUGAACUCCAGAAACCCAGGGAUUUAUGCAGCUGCCAAAAACGUUAUUCAGGCUCUGUGUCAACACCUAGACAACUACUUGCUCCUUCAGCCAUUCUGCACAAAAGCCCAGUUUCUGAAUGGAAAAGCCAAACAAGACAUGACAGAAAAGCUUGCUGAUAUUGUGACGGAGUUAUACCCACGGAAGCCUAAGAGUGUGGAGCAGAAAGUUCUAGUUGUCCUUUGGCACCUCCUGGGAAACAUGACAAACAGCGGCUCUUUGCCCGGAACCGGAGGAAAUAUUCGGACAGCCACAGCAAAACUAUCAAAAGCACUUUUUGCACAGAUGGGACCAAGUCUCUUAACACGCGCUGCAUCUCAGUCACCACACAUCAAGAAGACUUUAGAGGAACUUUUGGAGAUAGAAAGCUAAAGUAAUGAUCCCUGUGCGUGCUUGAAACUCCAUCAGCUGACUGAUAGGACAGAUGGACUGCUGUUUAUAUGGAAACAUGCCACACCAUCCCCUGUUGUUUUGCUGUGCUGGUGUCUCCAGUGGAGAAGGGUCAUCGCUGGGAAAGCCUGGAAGGUGCCGGGAUAGGGAAGUCAUCGCUGCUCUCCUGUGCUUUUCUCUAGAGGCCACAGCACAUCACCAUAGGUCUAGUAGUAGAUUGUUAAUGAAUAAAUACAUUUGACACGUUUUGACUUGGUUUUAGUAAGUGGAAGAUGAUGCUGGAGGCAGUUACACAGUACAACAGGAUUUGGUGUGGCAUUUGUGAAAAACACGUAUUUUUAUAACCCACGUCUGCAGUUGUGCAGUAUUGGCGCGCUGUGGCUGCUAGUCCGGUACUGUAACGUUGCUUGCUGGCUGGGCAUGCUCAUCGCUACGGAACGCGCGGCGCCGGCAGCUCGCAGGGAAGUACGGCCCCGCUCUGGGGCAAACGAACCUUUCCCUCUUCCUUUUCCCCGGCAGCAGUGGUACAGCGGGGGCCGCGGUACCCGCCCCGCGCCGCGGUUACUGUCGCGUUUUACCCGGCAACCUGAAGCGAAUAAAGGGAUUUAUUUCUGUAGA